AUGACCAUUACGGACUUCACCGUGCGCAAAAAGAGCUACCGCUAUCUCACCACCCAAGCAAGCUACCCAAACCAUGAUUUCAAGGCGGUCCUCAAUGCCUUUGAUCCCACCAUGGACCUUCAGUUGCAAGAUCUAAACAGCCUAGUCGAAAAGGGCGUACAAGGAGGCGCCCCCGCCUGGUACGCAGGAUGGCCCAAGGAACAGGUGAACAACUUUAAUCUUUGGCAUCGUCCAAUGAUUAGAUACACAACAGUUGGCAAAAAGAAAGAACAGCUUUUCGAUAAGCUAUAUGUGCUGGACCACGACGUUCUGGAGAAUGGGGGCAACCCACUGGCAAUCUCUUGGCCGGCAAAGGCCUUCUAA